GACUGCAGGAGCACCGCGCUUGUCACAGAGAAAGGCAGGGAGAGAGAGAGAGAGAGAGAGAGAGAGAGAGAGAGAGAGAGAGAGAGAGAGAGAGAGGGAGGGCAGGAGAGAGAUAGCAAUGGGAGGGAGGGAGAGAGAGAGAGAGAGAGAGAGGGAGGGAGAGCAAGCGAGCAGAGGGACUAAACGCUCACACUAGCGCCCACUGUCUCAGCUUUCACCUUCAGACCUCUAGAUCUCGCUCUUCAGCCUCUCGCUCCGCACGGGCAGACCCACUUGAGACGCUUUCAACGCAACUCAGUAUCAAACUCUUAUCUGGGGCCGCACAGACAAACUCUCCACACAACUCUCCACACAACUCCAGCCUGGCUCCAUGCAUGCCUGUGCAGUGGAGGAAUAAGACUUAAGGAUCCCACUGAGAACAGCCAGACUGCAAGAGCAAGAGCACGGCAACGGAGAACCAGCUCCAACCACUUUUUUCCCUGCUGAGAGAGGGAAGAGAGAGGGGGGGAAAAAACAGAAAGAAGAAAAGGGGGGAAAGUGGGGAUCCCGCCUCCUCUGCUGGGCAGCUGCAAAGUCCGAGGAGCAGAAGCGGAGAGGAGGGUCAGAAAAGGACCGAGUGGGAGUCAGGAGAAAACACCAAGACAGACACCCACUGGGCUGAGGAACUAGAACUAGAAGGACUUCAAAGGACAGAGAAAAAAGAGAACAGAGAGAGAGAUCCAGCGAGAGACGGGGGAAGAGGAACAGUGUCAUGGCCCAGGUGCUCGACAGGAGGCCCCCUCAAGUGCGUUCAUCAGAGGAAGAAGGAUAGAGACCCCCUGGCGUCGUCCGCAACCGCCCCUCAUCCCCCACCCCAACGGACAAGGAUGAGCGGAGAUGUUCUCUAGCUAACACCACUGGGUUGAGUCAUCCCAUCACCUGAACACUUAGUACUUGUGCGUGCGUGGCGUGCCUGUGUGCACGGGCCAGUGAGCGAGUGCAAGGGGGGGUGGGGGUAGAGCGUGAGAGAGGAGCCAGGGGGGGGCGCGGAGGGCUGCAUGGCGGUGCAGCGUCUGGUGCUGGCUGCGGUGGCGGUGGCCCUGGUCUCGCUGGUGCUCAACAACACGGCGGCCUGGAGCCCCAGCUGGGUGCUGCAGUCGCUGGACGGCGGACGACGACGCAGCGUGGGCCUCUGGAGGAUGUGCCCGCUGGAGGGCAGCCGGCCGGACGAGCCCGAGGCGGCGGGCACCCGGGGACUCUGCCAGGGGCUCAGCUGGGGCGCGGAUUACGCUGGCCACCAAGAGUCACGCAGCACGGUCAAACUGCAGUUUGACAUGAUGCGUGCCUGCAAUCUCCUGGCAACGGUUGCCCUGACGGCAGGUCAGCUAAUCUACCUGCUGGGGCUACUGGAGCUGAAGUUCAUUACUCAGGACUCCCAGUGGUGGGAGGAGGCCAUUGCUGCCCUGUUCCAGCUAGCCAGUUUUGUGCUGGUGAUUGGUCUGGUGACAUUCUACCGCAUCGGCCCGUAUACGCAGCUGUCCUACUCCUGCUACAUCAACAUCGCCGCCUGCCUGCUGGCCACACUGGCCGCCGCCGUGCUCAUUUGGGACAUUCUGCAUCGCCGCGACGACUGCCUGAGCCCGCGCGUCAUCGUCAUUAGCCGCUCCCUGGCCACCAACUUCAGGCCGCGUCUCGAUAACGACUAUGUGGAGUCGCCGUGCUGACACCAACACAUGCUAACAGUCAUGGACACAGAGAUGAUGGAACGGAUUACUGAUCUUUCUAGAACACCUCCAGAACUCUGACACUGGGUGAAAAUGAAGAGCUGGGAUGAACAGGGAACGUUAAAGCCCACUGCACGCAUGAACACACACACACACACACACACACACACACACACACACACACAAUGACAGACUAAAAUGGGUUGGGACCUUAAUGGACACUGAGAGGAUGGUUGAAUAUCAAGCUGGAUCUUGACAUAUUUCAUUUUCUGGGCACUUAUAAAAGAAUAGCCAAAAUAUAUGUUAAAUAUCUAAUUGUACACAUGUUUAUACCUGUAGAUAUGAUAGAACUGAGAUCGAUUUAUAACGUCAGAAGGAGCUAGCUAUUCCACACAUAUAAUCAAGGCACAUAUCCCUAUUGUGGAUUCUUUGGUACCUAAUGCUGAUACUCUAUCUUUUAGAUACCUAGCAACAUGCAGGGCACUAUGACCAGGGGGGCAAAUUACAGAACCAAAGAGGGUUUUUAUAAAUACCCCAAUGCCGAUACCCCAAUGCCCACACACCAGCAAUAAAUAUCCCAUUUAUUUGCACUUCAAACAUGCGCUAAUCUAAUGUAGAUGUAUGCAAUGCCCCUCAAUUAGCAUUUGAGGUAAAUAUGGGCUUAGUAGGCUAACAGCAUCUGUAUCACAAGCUCUAUGUAGGUUCAGUGUAUUAAACGGUGAACAAGCGAAAAGAUCUAGAGGUCAGUAUUUACUUCUACAUUGCAGAACAGGAAAUGGAAGCUAUAAAAAUGUAAUAUUCAAUUCAAAAGGUUCCAUUACAACUGAUUAACUAUCUUGCUUAUUGCUACAUAGUAUUUGGCAAGUGUUGCUCUGCAGUGAACACUGUUAUAAUUAAAUCCAUAUAUAAAAAGCAUGAAAAAGUUGAAUUUCACAACAAGUAAAAAAUAAUGGCUCAACUAGCACAACCAACCAAGUAAUUCAUCUAGACAUGAAUGGGGACUGUUUUCACCAAAGUUAACCAGACAAAUAAAAAAAAAGUCUACCUCCAAGUUUCUGAACAUGUACUGCUACACAUGACUUGCUCAUACUACACUCUUACCUAAGGACACAUAGACAAGGAUUAGGGCUCAUACUACACUCAUACCUAAGGACACAUAGACAAGAAUUAGGGCUCAUACUACACUCUUACCUAAGGACACAUAGACAAGGAUUAGGGCUCAUACUACACUCAUACCUAAGGACACAUAGACAAGAAUUAGGGCUCAUACUACACUCAUACCUAAAGACACAUAGACAAGGAUUAGGGCUGGCCUUUGGCAUGUUUGAAAAAUUUGAAGGGAAAAAAAGUGAAAAAGAGCUGGACAUUCACAAGAUUCACAAGUGUUCCGCUUGUGUAGACACAAAGGAGGGGGUUUUACACAAAUCACAAAUCACUUUAUGACAGAUCCCAUCUAUAUUGAAUGUCUGCUCGCUUGAGGUACAUGUACUUAAAUUAAUUUAAUAUAGUACUGUUUAAGUAUGCUAUUCUGUUAUCCAACACCUUCUUAACAUCUUAUGGACUUUCCAAGGAGGGAAGGAAAAAAAUAAUUAUGGAGGCAAAUACAAUAAAACAUAAGAAGACUAAGA